AUGGCCCAGGCCAUAGGGGAGAUAUGGGAGGCUCCAUUCAUGGGCUUGCUGCUUCUGCAACUGCUGUGGGCAGUUCCAGUGGAGGCCCCAAGACCUGGGAAAGAGGUCCAGGUGGUGUGGGCCCAGGAGGGGGCUCCUGCCCGGCUCCCCUGCAGCCCUUCAAUCCCCCUCCAGGAUCUCAGCCUUCUACGAAGAGGAGGGGUCACCUGGCAGCAUCAACCAGACAGUGGCUCUCUCGCUCCCACCCCAGUCCUUCACCCUGAGGCGCCCUCGUCGCGGGGACCGGGGCCGCAACGCUACACGGUGUUGAGCGUGGCUCCCGGAGGCCUGCGCAGCGGGAGGCUGCCUCUGCAGCCCCGCGUGCAGCUGGAGGAUCGCGGCCUCCAGCGCGGGGACUUCUCGCUGUGGCUGCGCCCAGCCCUGAGCGCCGACGCGGGCGAGUAUCUUGCAGCCGUGCGCCUCAGGAACCGCGCCUUCUCCUGUCGUCUCCGUCUGCGCGUGGGCCAGGCCUCGAUGACUGCCAAUCCUUCAGGGUCCCUUGGAACCUCUGACUGGGUCAUUUUGACCUGUUCCUUCAGCCGCCCUGACCGCCCAGUUUCUGUGCACUGGUUUCGGGGCCAGGGCAAAGUCCCUGUCCAAGAAUCCCCCCAUCACUACUUAGCUGAAAACUUCCUCUUCCUGCCCAGAGCCAGCCCCUUGGACUCUGGGACCUGGGGCUGCAUCCUCACCUACAGAGAUGGCUUCAAUGUCUCCAUCAUGUACAACCUCACAGUUCUGGGUCUGGAGCCUCCAACCCCCUUGACAGUGUACGCAGGAGUAGGUUCCAGGGUAGAGCUGCCAUGCUACCUGCCCCCUGGUGUGGAGACCCAGUCUUACCUUAUUGCCAAGUGGGUCCCUCCUGGGGGAGGCCCCGAUCUCCUGGUGGCUGGAGACCAUGGCAACUUUACCCUUCAGCUGGAUGCUGUGAGCCUGGCACAGGCUGGGACCUACACCUGCCGCAUCCAACUACAGGAGCAGCAACUCAGUGCCAUCGUCACUUUGGCAGUCAUCACAGUGAUUCCCAAAUCCUUUGGGUUACCGGGCUCCUAAGGGAAACUGCUGUGUGAGGUAACCCCAGCAUCUGGACAAGAGCGCUUUGUGUGUUGUACCCUGGACAGGCCACCCAGAAGGAUUUCCCCAGGACUCUGGUUGGAGAUGCAAGAGGCCAGGCUCCUUUCCCAACCCUAGCAAUGUCAGCUGUACCAGGGGGAAAGGCUUCUCGGAGCAGUUAUAUAUGUCCUUUUCUCAUCCCUGACCCUGUAUGUCUAAUUUUGGGCUUUCUUCAUAGGUGCCCAGCACUCUGGGAGAACCCCAGGUGCCCUCAAAGGAGGCCAUCUCUCUCUCUUUCUCAUCCUUGGUACCCUCUCAUUGCUUCUCUUGGUGACUGGUGCCUUUGGCUUUCAUCUUUGGAGAAGACAGCAGCUAUCAAGAAGAUUUUCUGCCUUAGAGCAUGGAAUUCACCGUCCUCAGACUCAGAGCAAGAUAGAGAUGGAGCAAGAACUGGAGCUGGAGCCAGAGCCAGAACCAGAACCAGAACCGGAGCUGGAGCCGGAGCCAGAGCCAGAGCCAGAGCCCAACCAGCUCUGA